AGCCCACUUCCAUUGAAAAAUGUAAGUAGGGGAGGUUUGAUUCAAAAUAGAGCCUGCAAACAAAUCAGCAAGAAUCCAUGUCAAAAAGAACAAACAAGAAAAUAAUUGAGCUGUGGCCCAAAUGUAGGAAAGCAAAGUUAAUAUUGCAUGCUUCUUCAAUAGUGUAAUUCUUUUGUCAUCUAUAAAUUGCCAUGCAUUCCAUGCAAAUAUUUCUCACAGCUACAGAGAAAAACCAACACCACAUCCAAAAAACUAACUCUAAGCACCAAAAACAAGCAUCAUGAAAAGUUAUUAAUUUUCUCGUAUCUCUUCUUGUCUUAGCUUUGGCUUCCUUUUUUGCCACUGCUUUUGAUCCCAGCCCUCUCCAAGACUUCUGUGUGGCUACAGAUGGCUCUGAUUCUUCUGUUUUGCAAGAAUCCAGAUAAUGUAACAGCAGAUGAUUUCUUUUAUUCUGGGCUUAAUGUUCGUUCAAAUACAUCCAAUCAACUUGGAGUAAAUGUCACAAUUGUAACUGCUGAUGUGAUGCCAGAACUUAACACCAACGGUAUAACCUUAGCUCGUAUCGAUUAUGCAGCGAAUGGAGGCUUAAACCCACCACAUACACACCCUCGAGCUGCUGAAAUCCUAAUGGUUUUAGAUGGAACUGUUUAUGCUGGUUUUGUAACAUCAAAUCCGGAUCAUCGUCUGUUCAACAAAAUUCUAAAACCAGGGGAUGUAUUUGUAUUUCCAUUUGGAAUGGUUCAUUUUCAAUUGAAUCUUGGCAAGACUCUAUUAUUAGUUUUUAAAAGAUUAAUUUAAUUAUUUAGUUUAUUUGGGAAAAUAUUUCCGUUAACAAAUUAAUGUUUUUUAAGAUUUAAAAUGAU